GAAAUGAGCAACAUCAAACAGGAAUCAAGCGCUAAUUCAAGUAAUAGCGAACAGGAACUGAGCAAUAUUGAACAAGAAUCAAGCGCAAAUAAACAAAUAUUAAAUGAUCAAAUGCUGAGCGAUACUGAAAUUGAAGACUUAGAAUUAAUCACCAACUACGAAUUAGAUUUCCAGAAAGCUAGUGAAAA